AUGCAUAACCUUGAACCUAAAGAGAAUGUUUGUAUUGAGAUUCCUGAACUUGAAGAAGGUUUAAGACUUGGGAACGAAAUCCCUCAGCAGAAUCGACCAGUAAGCGUACAUUUACCGGAACCCCGACAACCACAUCUCUCAAACAGAUCUUCUAGUUUAUCAUGCACUUCUACGAUCCUCACCUUUGAACGUGAAAGACAUGAGACAAGAGAAAAACCUACAAGUCUUCCAAAAGAGUCAACUGUACCGGCUACUACUACAGUAAAAGUCACUCCUUGGUUACGAUUUCGAACUUGGUUUACUCCUUAUCGUCAAAUCUUAGUAGUCGUUGUUGUAUUAAACUUUGUUGGGAGCACUCUCGAAAUUGCAGGACUUUGGCCAGCGGCGACAUGUUGUGUUGGGAGUCUGGUAGUCGGUAAUAUACUCUGCGCAAUAGCCAUUCGUAGUGAAUGGACCCUUCGGUUUUUAUACUGGUUAGCCAUCAAAAUCUUUCGUCCUUCCUUCCCUAUCCGAAUGCGGACGACAGUCGUCGGUCUUCUAUAUCAUAUCGGCUCAAUCUCUCCCCGUGGUUCAGGUGGACUUCAUAGCGGAUGUGGAAUUGCAGCUUUAUGCUGGCUUGUGUCAUCUUUUGUUCAUCACAUACGAUUUCACCAAUUAUAUCAUCCAGCUGUUUUGGCUUCUUUAUCUGCUUGCGUCCUUUGCGUCUCUAUUCUCUCAAUCAGUGCUUUCCCAGUCUUUCGAGGUCCAUACCACAAUGCUUUUGAAAUGAUUCACCGUUUUAUGGGCUGGAUAGGAAUCUUAUUCACUUUGACCUUUGUAAUACUUUCAAAAUUUUGGAAUGUAUAUUCACAAGAGUGGGAAAUAGAUUCAAUAAGCUUAGCUACUUCACCAGAGAUGUGGUUCUUGCUGGCUAUUUUUCUUUUUAUCUUUGCUGCAUGGAUCACAGUGGCUAAAGUUCCCGUGGAGCACUUGACGGAUUCUGUUACUUCUUCGGUAAUUCGACUUCCCGGAGGUUUAACUUCAGGUCUACACACUCGAAUCUCAAGAGGUGGGCUAAAAGAAUGGCACAUCUUUGGCUCUAUUAGUGAAGGAAAAGAUGCAGACUGCCAUUAUAUUGUGGCUGCCGUCCAGGGCAAUUUCACUCGAAGCUUGAACACCGAAAGACCGGAGAAGCUCUACACCAAGCGAUGGAAGCCAUGCGGAUUACCAUACUUCUCAAGGAUGUUCAGACGAGGAGUAGCGAUUUGUACAGGAUCUGGUAUCGGGGCUGUAGCCUCUACUUGUAUACAACACUCAGAUUGGUUCUUGAUUUGGAUUGGUCCUAACCUGGAGAAGACUUAUGGAGAAGAAUUGUUGAGUUUGCUCACAACCAAAAUUCCGAAUGAACGUCGUAUCAUUUGGGACACACGUGGACCUCGUGGUAGACCUGAUGUAGUUUCAGUACUUGAAAACAUUUUUAAAUCAUGGGAUGCUGAAGUUUUUGGUCCAUUGUUUAUCAAUAGUGGCACUCUUCAUUGGCAGUCCAGCGUUGAACAAGACAGUCUUGCAAGCUUCUAG